GCCGUCUGAAGGAAAAUAAAAAUUUUGUUGAACAGGUUUUUGCUGCAAACCUCUCGAUUUUGAGAAAUAAUCAAGCGAAAUAACGUUUUUCACACUCACGUAGUUGUUAGUAUGUCACCACACUUUAGCUGUUAGAGCGAUACUGUGAUAAAAUGGCUGCGAAGGAAGGGGACGAAGUCUUCAAAGUGCCAGUUGGGCGUGCUCCACAGGCAAAACGUGCUUCACUUCCGGCGAUAGAAAUCAGCAAGGCCACAAGGGCAAAUGAGCAAGGAAGGAUGAUGAACCGUGAGGUGCCUUCGAGCCGUUCAUUCACCAAUCUUCUGCAAGUCAAAGAUGGACUGUCAAAGACUUUGAGUGCAAGUAAUUUGGCUGCCUUGUCUGACAGCAAUCUGUCAAUCCAGGAAGCUGUGCCUGCCAGAAGUUACGAUGCACCAUACACAUCUAGUCAUGUUGCAAAGCAAUCUUUUGAGAAUUCAGUCAAGCAAUACUACUAUCAACUCACAGAAGGUUGCGGUGAUGAGAAAUGUCUCAACAAAUUUUGCUUUUCAUCAAAAAACUGUGUUCAGCUGACUCCAGCACUCACCCUGCUGUUUAGCAUAGAGCUAGCUGCAAGCAACAGGGCAUGCCUCUGCAAGACCGACAAGAGUUCACACCGACCACUGCCAAAACCUGAAUUCCAACCCGACUCCGAGGACACCACAAGUCCCUCUUUCAUCUAUGCACUGUACUCAAGCUCACCCUUUGAGACGCUGUUCCGUGAAGCAUCCCGGCCACCAUCUCGUUCCAGUCUUCAAAUCCUACUUCCAUCGCCACUUCAUCACUCACGCAUCGGAAGCAUCAGCCUCACCCCCUCGUUAGAAAAUCUGGCGUUUGCUUGUAGGAGCAAGGUUGAUAGUAAUAAUGUCAAGAUGCCCUCUGGUCUCAUUGUGCCCACUCCGAAUGACAUCCGUAGUAGACUCAUCGCCGCUGAUGACAGUAUUGUAGGCCAGCCAGUCAAGCCAAGGGCCCUGUGUAGACAACUGAGUAACAGCCUAGGCAAUCUCUCUGGGUCGUCGGAACUCAAUUCCUUUGGCAGUUUCUCGCACGUGCUGAGUUACUCCCUGAACCAGAUCCGCCUCGAGAACGCUCUCCUUGUCCCAAGCAGGAGCAUGAGUCACAGCAGUUUGAACGAAGUGUCUUCCAUUGGUUCAGAUGGCUUACACUUUGAUCCAUCUGUGGACGGGGACUUUGGAGACAACCUCGAGGAGUUAGAAAGGCAGCUACAGCUCGAGUUGAGCUAUGGACGAAUGCAGGAGUUCUCACUGACCCAUCUCAACAUUCCUAUGUUACAGUGUGCUCUUGAGAAGUAUUCUGAGACUCAAGAUCCAUCAUUUUUGCUCAAUACAAUCCGCACUGUCUUCUCUUCAUCAGACUCACUCAACAAUAGUUUUAAGAACGAUGAAUCCCUACCGAUUUGUGCCAGGAAUAUCGACUUGAAGGGCGUUCGACAGGCUUAUGACCUCUUGAUAAAACAGGACUCGUUGGUGCCCUGUCUGCGUAAUUCAAUAGAAAUCCUCCUCUCUCAUUUACCAAAUGUUCAAAUACAGCCACAGGAGGUGAACCAGCUUGCGAUACUCCUCGAGUGCCCACUCUUCCGGAAGAGACGCAAUCAUGCUCUGAGGCAGAAACUGUGCGUUGUCCUGUCUGGUUUGCUGCCUGCCACCAAGGAAGCGUUCUGUGAGGUGAUGAUUAUGUACGAUGGUGAUCUCUUUGAGAAACGUAUGGGAAUGCUGAAGGAUCAUUUGAUGUUGUCACUCAGGCAUAAUCAGAGGUCUGAGCCUCCCAUGAUAGCUAUGGCCGAGACACUGUCCAUAUUCUAUGAAGCUAAUGCACUCCAGGAAAAAAAGACGGGUACUCCUAUCAUUCCAUAUCGAAUGUUCUAUGUUGGGGAGCUUGGCAGGAAACUUGACUACAAGGCAGAAUACGAGUGCUGGUGUAAAAGCCACCUUGACCCUGUCACGCCGACAUCAAGUCAACCCCAGCACGAGACAUCACUUCUACAUUACUCAUUCCUACUCGAUCCUUCUUCCAAAGUUCACGCACUACAUCUAGACGCUGUCAUUCAGAUGAGACGGGUGUACCAGGAGGCCAUUCUUCAUCAAGCAAGGGUCAACCAGGUACAGAAAUACCUGCGCGAUUUCAGCCGGUGUCCACGCCUGCCAAAUGCCGUCAAGUCAGCCAUGUGUCCAUAUUUGGUGCUCGAGGUGCGGCGGGAUCACCUCAUCGAUGACACGAUAUCUCAGAUCAGACUGAAAGAAGUUGAUCUCAAGAAGCCUCUCAAGAUCAAGUAUAUUGGAGGUGGCGAGCAGGGUUUGGACAUGGGCGGGCUCCAGAAGGAGUUCUUCCAGUUAGUCUGCACGGAGAUCUUCGAUCAAGACUAUGGCAUGUUCAUAUAUUCAGAAGAGACGAGGAAUCUCUGGUUAAAUGGUGCUUCAUUCGACUCUGAUGAAGAGUUUGAAUUAGUAGGAAUAUUAUUAGGUUUAGCAAUCUACAACGGCAUCAUCCUCGAUAUCCGGUUCCCGUUAGCGAUCUACAAGCAGUUGCAAGAACAGGCACUCACUCUGAGUGACUUGAGUCAGGUUGAGCCUGUCAUCUUCAGCAGCCUGGUCGAGCUGUUGGCCUUCGAUGGUGAUGUUGAGGACACAUUUUGCCUUACAUUCCAGGCAACAACUCAAUGGUACGGUGAAACCAUAACUGUUGAUCUCAUUCCAAAUGGUGCUGAAAUCAUGGUGACCAACGAAAAUCGCCAUUCUUACGUCGAGUCUUACAUCAAGUACCUGCUUACUGAGAGUAUAACCAAACAGUUUGCGGCGUUCACGCGUGGAUUCCACAAAGUCUGUGAUAGCCAUGUAUUGUCCUUGUUUAGACCUGAAGAAAUUGAAUUACUUGUCUGUGGGAGCCCAGAUUUCGACUUUGAUGCUUUUGAGCGUUCAGCCUCGUAUGACGAUGGCUACCACAAAGACCAUCGCGUGAUCAAGUGGUUCUGGCUGACGGUUCAUGAUUACUCGCCGGAGCAGAAACGCCAGCUGCUGCACUUCAUCACGGGCAGCGAUCGGGUCCCGCUGAAGGGCCUGAGUCAUCUUCCCAUCAUCAUACAGCGAAAUGGAGCAGAUUCUGACAAAUUACCAGCCGCUAUGACGUGUUUCAACAGAUUCCUGUUACCAGAGUACAGCUCUGAAAAGAAGGUUCGAGAGAAGAUCACAAUCGCCAUCGAAAAUGGGAAAGGUUUUGGACUGCAGUGAAGAAGAUUAGUGACAGUGGAGAUAUGUUUAUUUCUGUGGCUUCUGUGAGCUUGACUCAAGGCUAUGAUGGGUGUAAAGAGACAUCUUUCAUUUCAACUGUUUGUGCCCUGCUACAUUGGGAAGUCUGUUAUGAAGACAUUGGAUAAUUAAGUGGUAUGAUAUUGGACUCUCUCUGUGGAUGUUAGCAAGGGACAUGACUGCCAUGGUUGGUUUCAUCAUGGCUGUAAUGUAGUCCACACUAAUCAGUUCUCCAUAACUAUUCAUCAUUACCGGCUGUGCACGAAGUUAUAGCCAAAGUUAAUGAGUCAGAAGGGAGGGUUGGCCUGCGGUGCUCUGGUAUUGUCCAGAAUCUGAAUCUGAAGUGAAAAGUAAAUGGGCCAUUGUGAGACGAGAGUUGUGGGAACAAACUGCAAAGACCAUGUGAAGCCAGUGUGGGCUCAAGUGUUGGCCGAAUAGGCUAACUGGUUAGUUUGAAGGGCAGAAUCUGCUGGUCAGAUAAUAGGCUUUUAGUGUUAUUUACAUGAAAGGAGGGCAGAAUUGAAAUGUCCAGGUUCAGAAUACUAGCAAUGAUUUGACGACAUAGGGAAGGACCAUUGAUUGACAAUCACCAACAUUUCAUUUUCUUUUUCAAUAAACUACCUACUCGAAACUUAAUUGACAUCUGCUGGACAGAUUAUAAAUGUUGUGAGCAUCAUACUUAAAGACUUUUUCCCUUGUCAAAUAUUUUACUUGAAUCUGAAUAUGGUCGUUACUACGUAGCUUUAUGAUACUCUUAUUCAACAAAUUAGUGUGAUACAUAGAUAUAAUCAGUACGGUACUUUUAGCACACAGUCGGGACUAUGGCAAAUGUACAGUAAAUGUAGACAGCGAUGGUUUAUUGGCUCGACAGUAUAGAUGAAUUUUUCGACAGUUUUCAGUGAAAGUUCAGGCAGUGUUCUCCGCUGCCCAUUUUACGCUGGUGGUAUUAAAUUCCAUGCCACGAGACUAGAAAUGGAGAAGUUCAAUCUCAAACAUCUAAGCUUACCACCAAGCUGAGGUGGAGAGUUGAGAGACAAAAGUAUUUUUUGCACCAAAGUUUUCACUUUGGAUGAGAGACUUUCUCUAUUCGUUCUGAUAAUUUUCAUUUGGUUACUGCACUUACCUGUGUAUGUUGCACAUCGUAUCUGUUCCGAAAUACUUUCUUAAUGUUCUCUGUGGCGUACUCAAAAUAAUUGUACAAUGUAGACUGGCCAUCUUGGCCCAGAACUUUUAUCUUCCUCAAAGCAUAUAUAUUUUAUUCAAACUUAGGCAUUUUGCCGCAUAUUUUAUUCUUCAAGCAGCAAUUCAUAGUGCAGUGAAGGAUUUGUUUUGUUUCAGAUAAAUUUAUUUUAUGGAGUGAUGCACUCUCAUAUUAUGAAGACCUAGUAGUUUUAGCUCUUGAUACAAAUAUGAAUUUUGUUAUUUCUGUUGUAGUUUGUAACUAAAAACUAUCUGAUGAGCUUUAAUGGGAAACCCAAGGUUACACUUCAACUAUUUCAGUAUGUACUGAGCUUUUGUAUGAAACUCAAACUUGUAUGUUGGGUGAGGCAUUGUAUAGGUGCAAAAUGGCAAAGAAAUACAAAAUAUUCAGAUCAUUACAUUCGGAGCUAUCCGUUAUACACAGAAAAGUCAGCAUUUUCAGGCAAUCCAUCAAAAGAUCUUUGAAAAAACAAAUUUGUGAUGGCUUCCCGCUCAGAUGUGUACAUCCUAAAAUGGAUGGCGCCUACAUGUAUCUGUUCGAUAUUACUAUAAAGUCAACAAUAUGUUUUAGAUGGAACAUCUAGAUAGUGGCUAUUUACUUACAUUAAAAUGAAGAUUGUACAUACUAGUAAUGAUGCAUCCUAAAUUAUUCAACCCCAAUUAGCUGUACAUUUUAUUUAUUUCUCUUUCAAUUUUUUUUUUUUCUGAUACAUGUACCUGUUAAUGUGAAUUAUAGCCAAAUGACAGUAUUUCUUCCAUCUUAUUAUUCAAGGUAAUAACCAAGAGAAUGUUUUGUGUACAUGUAGUCGGAAAUUUGACCAUUCUCAUAGCAUUCGUACAACUGGCAAUAUCCACUAUAUUUGUAUAAGAAGGAAUUUCUCUCAAAUUGUUCAUCUUCGUUGUGUGCAAUUUCAAGCUUCAGUGGAUUAUAAGGAAGUGAUGUUGCAAUGGAGUGGAAGUUUUUUGUAAAUCUGAAGAUGUUUAGCUAACUUUCUUUAAAACUUAAAAAAGCCUUAGACUUGAUGACUAAGAUUUGAAUUAGACUAUUUUUCAUUUUGUCGAUGAGGAUACUUACAUGUACCAGAGGAAGAGGUAUUGAAACGGUUGUUUCUGUUUGAGUAAAAGUAUCUUCUCAGAGGUUUAGGAUUGUGUGCUUAAAGCAUUUUUAUUCUUUACCCUUGAAUUGUACCUCGUCUUUGACACACUAAUGAAGUCUCCUUCAAAAGCACAACCUACACUACAUCCCUUUGAUAAUAUCGUGUGACAAACAAAUAUGAUGUCUUCAAUUUUUGCCAUGCAGUUUGCCGAUUUUGAGGCAAAACAAAACUCGCACAGACGGCUCUUAUCUUGUAUUAUUGUAAAACGUUUGACUUUUCCUUCCAUAUGUAUUGUAAUUCCGUUUGCUUGAGAAAAAUAUGCUCAAAAAAGGCUAAGAAAUCCCGGUUUUGCCCCUACAGCUUGUGGAUAUUGCUUUACGUGACAUCAUAUUGAAUUAAUUCUCUGAUCAGUAUAUUAUAACUGUAAAAUUUUGUCAUUGUGCCAAUAAAUGAUGAA